AUGCUUCUACAGACACAGAGGUUCCAGAAACUCCGGAUACACCCGAUGACUCCUCAGAGGACAACUCUCCAACAUACUGUUUAUUUCAUUUCACAUCGCAUUUUUUGGUUAACUACAAUACAGUUGAAUAAUGGAUCCAAGUCUGUUAAGAAGAGAAAGGAAAGUCUCUUACCAGAAUAUGAACAGAGGUUCAAAUCCAGCAAAUUUGUUGACAAACGAAUUGGUGAAAAUGAUGCCAACCUUUCAUAUGAGGAAAAAAUGACAAAACGAUUAGUAUUAGAAAAACAAAAAUAUUUGGAGAAACGUAGCAUCUUCAGUUUAAAUGAUGAUGAAGAACUCACUCAUUAUGGCCAAACUCUGUCAGAGAUAGAAACUUUUGAUAACCCCAUUGACAGUGAUGAUGAAGAAAUUGAUGGCCGUAUCAGUGGUAAAUUGGUUGCCGAAGAACAUUUUGGUGGUGGUGUUUUGGAGAAGCAAGACAAAGAUGAGGAGAGAAAACCAUGGAAAGAGAGAAUGGAAGAAUUAAUCAUUAAAACUAGAAAAGAAAAGUUUGAAUUGCAAAAAGAACGAGAAAAUGCUAUUAAACUUACGGAGCAAGUGGAUUCAGAUUGGAAAACCUUACGUUACCUCAUGUCUGGAUCUACUUUAAAGGAUGUAAAUGAGAAGAAAAGCAUGAAAUCUAAGAUUGAUGAUUAUGAUAUGAAUGUCAGGGCCUUAGGAUUGGAAGCCAGGGCUAUGGCUACUGACAAAAUGAAAUCUGAAAAAGAAUUGGCAAAAGAAGAAAUGGAAAGAUUGGAAAAACUGGAAAAAGAACGUCUGCUACGUAUGAAAGCACCAUGGGAAGCCGAAAAGAAACAAAAUCGUAAAUACAUGUCUGCUGAUGCUCUUGGAGAUGAACAGUUUCUGAUUCCUAUUUUGAAAGAAAAAUCUAAAAACGGCGGGAAAAAGAAAAGCGUGAAGUUUGAAGGUGACAGUGAAGAUGAACAGAAUGAAGAUGAAGAUGAGGAAGAAAAAGAUGAAGAAGAUGAGGAUGAAGGAGGAAAAGAAGAAGAUGAAGAAAAUGAUAACGAAGAAACAGAAGAGUCAGAUGCCGAAUCUGUUGAAGAUUCUUACAGUGAUGUUCUAACUGAUGAAGAUGACAAUGUUAAGGCAGAAGAACCAGAGACAAGUGAUGAAAAAGAAGAAAGUGAAGAUGAAAAAGAAAAGAAAACGAAACAAAAAGAGGAGAGGCUAGCUGCAAUCUCAGAGGAAGCUAAGAAACAACUGCCAUUUACAUUUGAAGCGCCAACCACAUUUUCCGCUUUCCUGUCACAAUUAGAUGGCUAUUCUUCUGAUGAUCAGAUCACAAUAAUUGAGCGAACACAAAAAUGUACUCAUCCCAGUUUAGCUGAAGGAAACAAGAAAAAAUUGGAGAAACUAUUUUGUUUUGUGCUGGACUAUUUUUGUGAACUAUGCAACAAACCUGACUCUGAUCUUUGGCUUCUCGAUCGACUCACAAUCCAAUUAUUCCAAUUGACAAAAGUUUCUCCCAAAAGUGCUGCACAAGCAGUUUUAGCAAAGAUUAAAGAGAGACAAUCCAAUUUCAACAAAACAUAUCCAGAUAUGGACACACUGAUGCUCCUAAAACUAGUUCCUAUCCUUUUCCCAGCAUCUGACUUCCAGCAUCUUGUGUGCACCCCAGCCAUGCUUUUCAUGGGGCAGAUACUGUCACAGAGUCUUGUAAAAUCUGGGCGAGACAUUGCUGCUGGUUUGUUCCUGUGCUCGGUUUUUCUACAGUGUGUCACAACCUCAAAGAGAUUUGUCCCAGAAGUAAUAAAUUAUCUUCAUGGAAUUCUUUACCUCGCAUCUUCCAAAGAUUCUCAAAAGUCACCUCAAAUAUUUCUUCCGUUCAAACCUGUUGAACCAGAAAUGAAUUUAUUGGUCUUAACAGAAGAAACAGCAAGUGAGGAAACUAUACAACCCUUGAAACUCAGUUAUCUAAAAGGCUGCAAGGACAGCAACAAAGACAAUUUGUUUAAUUGUGACAGAUUUAGGCUUUUAAACCAAUUUGUGUUCAGUUUUUCUUUCAUUAAUUUUAUGAAUCCUUCAUUUUUAUUUAUUUAUUGUUUUGAUUUUUUUUUUUUUUCAUCAGUUUUUUAUCAUUUCUUAUUAACUCUUUUUCUUUCUCACCUUUACCCACCUUUCUUUCUCUUUUUUUUUUUGUCAUCACCCUUCCUUUUGUUUCUCUCUUCUCCCAGUGUUUCUUUUCAUUCUUGGUUUCUUUCAUUUCCUUUCUUUCAUUCUCUCUCUUUUCUUGUCUGUAUCUCUCUCUCUCUCUCUUUUCUUGUCUGUAUCUCUCUCUCUCUCUCUUUUCUUGUCUGUAUCUCUCUCUCUCUCUUUUCUGUAUCUCUCUCUCUCUUGUCUGUAUCUCUCUCUCUCUUUUCUUGUCUUCUCUCUCUUUUCUUGUCUGUAUCUCUCUCUUUCUUGUCUCUCUCUCUUCUUGUCUAUCUUGUCUCUCUCUCUCUUUUCUUGUCUGUAUCUCUCUCUCUCUCUUUUCUUGUCUGUAUAUCUCUCUCUCUCUUUUCUUGUCUGUAUAUCUCUCUCUCUCUUUUCUUGUCUGUAUCUCUCUUUUCUUGUCUGUAUCUCUUCUCUUCUUGUCUGUAUAUCUCUCUCUCUCUUUUUCUGUCUGUAUCUCUCUCUCUCUCUCUCUUUUCUUGUCUGUAUCUCUCUCUCUCUCUCUCUUGUCUGUAUCUCUCUCUCUCUUUUCUUGUCUGUAUCUCUCUCUCUCUCUUGUCUCUCUCUCUUGUCUUGUCUCUCUCUCUCUCUCUCUUCUCUUGUCUGUAUCUCUCUCUCUUGUCUGUCUCUCUCUCUCUCUCUCUUCUCUGUCUGUAUCUCUCUCUCUCUUGUCUCUCUCUCUCUCUCUUGUCUGUAUCUCUCUCUCUUUCUCUGUCUCUCUCUGUCUGUAUCUCUCUCUCUCUUGUCUGUAUCUCUCUCUCUCUCUCUUGUCUCUCUCUCUCUUGUCUGUAUCUCUCUCUCUCUCUCUUGUCUGUAUCUCUCUCUCUCUCUCUUGUCUGUAUCUCUCUCUCUCUCUCUUGUCUGUAUCUCUCUCUCUCUCUUUUCUUGUCUGUAUCUCUCUCUCUUGUCUGUCUUCUCUCUAUCUUGUCUGUAUCUCUCUCUCUGUCUUUAUCUCUCUCUCUCUUAUCUUUAUCUCUCUCUCUCUCUCUCUUUCUCUCUCUCUCUCUCUUGCCUGUAUCUCUCUCUCUCUCUAUUUUUGUCUCUCUCUCUCUUGUCUGUAUCUCUCUCUCUCUCUCUCUCUCUCUCUCUCUCUCUGUCUCUCUCUCUCUCUCUUGUCUGUAUCUCUCUCUCUCUUUUCUUGUCUGUAUCUCUCUCUCUCUUUCUUGUCUAUCUCUCUCUCUCUCUUGUCUUUCUCUCUUGUCUGUAUAUCUCUCUCUCUCUCUUUUCUUGUCUGUAUCUCUCUCUCUUUUCUUGUCUGUAUCUCUCUCUCUUUUCUUGUCUGUAUCUCUCUCUCUCUGUCUAUCUAUAUCUCUCUCUCUUGUCUCUCUCUCUCUCUCUUUAUAUCUCUCUCUCUCUCUUCUUGUCUGUAUCUCUCUCUCUCUUUUCUUGUCUGUCUCUCUCUCUCUUUUUGUUGUCUGUAUCUCUCUCUUUUUGUUGUCUCUAUCUCUCUCUCUUUCUUGUCUUGUUCUCUUUCUCUCUCUCUCAAUUAUUCUCUUCUCUUUUUUUCUAGUCUUUUUCUCUCUCUUGUUAUUUUCUUUCUUUUCUUUUUUGUUAAUUUCUCUCUCUUUAUUCUCUCUCUUUUUCCCUCUCUCUCUUUUAUUCUCUCUCUCUCUCUCUCUCUUUCUCUGUCUUUGUCUCUCUCUCUCUCUCUCUCUUUUCUUUUCUCUCUCUUGUCUCUCUCUAUCCCUGUCUCUCUGUCUUUGUCUCUCUCUCUCUAAUUUUCUUUUCCUUGUCUCUCUCUCUAUCUUUCUCUUCUUUGUCUCUCUAUCUUUCUCUUCUUUGUCUCUCUAUCUUUCUCUUCUUUGUCUCUCUAUCUUUCUCUUCUUUUCUCUCUCUCUCCUCUGUGUCACUCUCUCUCUCUUCUUUGUCUCUCUCUCUAUCUCUAAUUCUCUUCUUUCCAUAUCUCUCAUUUUCAUUCUCUUCCUCUUUCCCUCCCCCUUCAUAUUUACCUUUCAGUUCUCUUCUAAUAUCUUUUAUGCCUUUAAACCAUUUUCAUCUCCACUUAUUUAUUCUAUACACAAUUGA